AUGUGUAACGUCCGAGUGGCGUCUCCGCAGAUCAAGAUGGACUCCCAGAUGACCAAGCAGGCCCUGAACGAGAUCGAGACCCGGCACACCGAGAUCAUCAAGCUGGAGAACAGCAUCCGGGAGCUGCACGACAUGUUCGUGGACAUGGCCAUGCUGGUGGAGAGCCAGGGCGAGAUGAUUGACAGAAUUGAGUACAACGUGGAGCACUCCGUGGACUACGUGGAACGAGCCGUGUCCGACACCAAGAAGGCCGUAAAAUACCAGAGCCAGGCCCGCAAGAAGAAGAUCAUGAUCAUCAUCUGCUGCGUGAUCCUGGGCGUGGUCCUGGCGUCGACCAUCGGCGGCACGCUGGGCUUCUAGAGACCUCCGCCGCCACGCCGCCGCCGCCGCCACGCCGCCGCCGUGACCCGACCGUCCGCCCGCCAGCAGAGAAAAGACACAACGACAACGACGACAACGACGACAACGACAACACAAAAACUUGAAACACAAAUGCAAGACAGAUAAACCAAUCAGCUAGGAAGAGAUAACCAAUCACAGAUAAGAGUUGGGUGGGGUUCCAAAAACAAAGACAAAAAAAAAAAAAACGCCACAACAUCACAGCUGACUUACAUACUUAUCCAACCAGAGGGUCAGAUACGCAUAUUUACUGCAGCUGUACAUGUAAAUGUCUUGAACAUAUGACGCAACACACGGGUUAGCUACCUGUGAAAAAUGAUUACCAAUAAUAUCACAUUGUCUGUUUUGCUUUUUCUCUUAUUUUU